AUGCGAGCUGGUGCAACUGGCAGACCAAAAACAAAAAGAACAAAUUGUGUACAACGUCGUAUUACUACUCUUGCUGAUCAUUAUUCAAAUGAUGAAAUCAAUUUAGGAGAAUAUUUAGAGGGCAUUGGUUUUAAAUCAGUAUUUAUGAUAUCCUAUUGUCCAGAGAUUUAUUCAGGAGCGUAUCAAUUUUGUUUUGAUACUAUGAAUGGUACUCAACAAAUUGGUUAUAUUCGACCAAUUUGGUUGGAUAAACCCACGGAAGUAUUACCAACGCGUAAUGAAUGGUUAACAUGUAUACGUCUACCGAUCAAACAAGAUAAACAAGGUGAUGGACUUCAAAGAAAUUUCGAUGAUAUUCAGCCAAUACUUUUAUUAUUCUUGAACCGUCUUCGACAAAUUGAAAUCAUACAUGAAAAUAAUAAUCGUCUUGUUAGUAUUUGCAGUCAGUUUACUCGAAUCGAUCAUGCACAAGGACAAAUUAUCGAAUUACAAGAACGAACAACACAAACAGCAACUGUCAUGAAACAAUUUUGGCUCGUUAUGAAAUUGAGCGAAGUGAAAUGUGAUGUUGAAUCCACAACUAUCGCCAUAGCUUAUCCAUUGAAUCCUAUUGAUCAAUGUUCAUCUCAUCAAAUACUUUCGACACAACCAUUAUUUGCUUAUUUACCACUACGUUCGUAUGGUUUUCGCUUUAUUUUACAAGCUGAUUUUGAAAUUACGGCAUCACGACAAGAAAUUCUACGUGAUAAUCGAUGGAAUGAUUGGUUAAAAUCUGAAAUGAUUCAAUUAUUUCCAUUAACCUAUGAACGAUUUCAACAUUUGCCUACUCUACUUGCUCAAUGUAAAUUCGAUUUUCAUCAAACACCCACUAAUCCAUUAACAAAAAUUCAAACUUUAAAAUAUUUUCUUAAAUUAAUACCAACACGAAAUGAAAUCGAUCCCUAUUUUAAUAUAUUUGUUGAUAAAAGUAUUCAAUGUUUGAUGGGUAUUAUUCGUUUACCUGUAUUUUGUCAUGAUGAUGAUGAUGAUGAUGACGAACAACACAUUGAUUGGGUUCUACCAUCACAAUGUGUUCUUAUUCAAUGUGACGAACAAAUUCUAAUCAAAUUAGGUUGUCAUCGAUUAGAUUUUGGCGAUAUUCUUAAAUUAAUCCGUACGUUAUAUAAACAAAAUGAUCAAGUACAUUCAACAAAAACUACCAACAUUGAACAAAUUGCACAAUGGCUUCUUUGUAUCGAUUAUAGUCUACAACAAGAACGUGAACGACCUGGUUUUAAUAAUGAUGACGAUAAUGAUGAAAACGAAAUGACAACGAUGAAUGAAUUAAAACAAUUAAAAAUCAUACCAUUACGACAUCAAUCACGAUUAGUAUCAUUUGAUGAAUUCGAAGAACGAACAAUUUUAUUUCCAUUAGAUAAAUCAAUUAAAUUCGAGAAACAUCUUAAAAUUAUUCUAGAUGAUUUACCAACAAUUGACAAUCGUCUACUUGAUUAUAUCGAAGAUAAAUAUCCACGACGUAUUGAUUCAGUUAAAACAUUACUUACCAAUUUAGGUCUGUGUGAUGCACGAAAUAUUCGACGAAUUUAUUCGAGUCAUAUUUUACCUGUAAUCAAUGAUGAUAGUCAAUGGUCAAAAAAGUCCAAUGCAAUACUUAUCGCAUAUCUUAUUUGUAUUUAUAAAGAACUUUAUGCACCAAAUCCUGAAACGUUUACAUAUGAAAUGGAAAAAUUAAAGACAAAAAUGAUUAUUAAAACACGUGAUGGUAAAUUCGUUCGACUUGAUAUUGAUAAAACGAUUAUUCAUUUAACAUCUUUAUAUGGUUGUUCAAAAUCACUUGAAUAUUUAAAACUUUCUAAUCAUCAAUUUACAUUUAUUUCAAAUGAUUAUAUUCAACAAUAUCAAAAUGAAUUAUUCUAUCACGAUAGAGAAAAACAAAAAUUUGUUAUAUUUCUCAAUGAAUUAAAUCUCUAUGAUUUCUUUCAAAUGAAAUAUAUUGAUAAAGGCUUUAUAAAUGUUGAAAAACUUGUUGAUAGUCCAUGGGCAAAUGAAAUAUCAUCAAUAUCCGAACUUAUCCAUGAACCAUUUAUUAUAAAAGAUUGGUAUUCGGAUGAAUUCGAAAGACUUAUCUCAUCGAAAGACAAUGAUAUUCAACAAUGUAUUCAACUUCUACUCUAUCUUCAUCAACAUCAUAAAUCAAUUGCAAUGUACUAUGUAGCUUCGGUGAUUUGUACUCGUACACGAUAUAUGAAUAUGCCGCCAAUAAAAGGUGUCGAAUCGUCAUUUCUUCGAUUACUUCGACAACAUUCUUGGAUACCUGUUGUUGGUGGAAAACUAUUUAAACCGACGGAUGUCUAUUGUCUAAAAUCGAAUCAUCAAUUUCAUCGUUAUGUGCCACAUGUAGAUCUUGUCAAAGUACCAUUGAAAGAUGUAGAUUUUAUGUUUAAUAUUCUUGGACUUAGAAAAGAAAUAACAUCUAUGACAAUGUUUGAAUUAUUUAUGAAAUGGUCUUGUAAUUUAGAUCGAGAUUCUCUCUAUCAUAUUAUCAAUUUUCAUGUUAAUUUACCUGAAAAUGAAACAAUACCGUGUACUAUGUUGCGAACAACACGUCAAUCAUGUUUAGAUAAGAUUGAAAAUAUUUGUCAAGUAUAUCAAACAAUAAUUUCCAAUAAUCAAACUCAUCGAUUACUUCUUCGUUUUCGUCUAUGGUCAAUUGUAUUCGUACCACGAACGGGAAACUUAGGCGAUUUUCUAUACGUUGAUGAAGUCAUUUGGCAUGAUCCGCAUUCACUUUUAGAUAUAACAAAUAAUACAACGUUGACUAGUCGAAAUUCAUCUAUGCAAUAUACGUUUAUUCGACCUUAUUACGGACAAAAUCCGACAUUGUCAUCGUUUUUUAUUGAUCUACUUCAUGUUAAACAGCAACCAACACUUGAAGAUUAUCUUCCAUUAUUAUCAAAUGUAAUUAAUAGAAAAAAAGAAUAUAUUUGGCGAUGUAUCGAUGUUAUAACACGUCUUGCAUUUGCUCAAAAUAAGCAAACAUUAGUUCGAGAUAAAUGUGCCAACUGGGCUUUUAUUCCUUCUUUUAGUACAAAGAGUCAAUUUUGUAAAUAUAACGAUCCAAUUUUCUAUCCACAUGAUUUGGAUAUUGCUCGUCUAUUUAUCGACGCAUUGUUAAUUAUUAAUCCAUCAAAUAAAGUGUGUACUCCAGCGUUUAAAAAUAUGUUCUGUUCAAUGUUCAAAAUUCGAAAUCUUGGUGAUAUCAUUAAGAUUGUCGCUCAUGGUGAUAAUGAAUAUCCAUCUGUUGAGUUAACUGAUUUUUAUUCACAUACAAUAGAUCUUAUUCAAUCGUUUUUAAUUAAAAACAAUGGUCUAAUCGAAACACGAUCGAAUUAUUUUCAAUCAGUUUUUGUUCGAAUGAAAAUUGUCUAUGUUCAUCGAAUUCAUUUCUCUUAUUCCUACAAUGAAAAUAUCAUACGAACUUUGAUAUCAUCGACAAUCCAUUCGUCGUAUAUUGAUGAAUCUGAAGGAAAGUUUUUCAUUUUAAAAAUAAUCGACAAACCAGAAAAACAUAUCAAUACAAUGGUAAAUUAUUUAGUUGACAAUGAAUUAAUGCGUCCUAAACUCGCAGAAUUUAUUAAAAAUCUUUAUCAAUCUUAUCAACAUAAUGGAGACGAAGGUCUGAUUAAUUUUCGGAAAAGCUUACCUUCAUCAGCUGAUACUUCCAAAUGGAUGAUUCCAUCGAUUUUCAAACAACCUAACCAAUCAUUAUUAGAACAAGAAAACGAUGAUGAACUACAAAGAAGCAUCAAUAAUGCAUCGGUUAACAUUGCAAAUGAAGCUAUUGAAAACAUGAAAAAUGAAUCAAGUUGUUUUUCAUUAAAUAUUCAACAUAAUAAAGCAGAUACAGACGGAUCGAAGCCACUUGUUAGUUUUCCUGUUAAGCCAGGAACGUUAGGAUUGCAUUUACCAUUGAAUGGAGCUUCACACGAGAGAAAAUCACAAUCAGGCAGCAUUACACAAGAAAAACUAUCUGAAUCACAUGAUGAUAAAGUGCAUUCGUCUAUAUCGACAGCAAUGCCCAAAAAUUCUCACGGAAAAAAUGAAAACGAUCAAGAUGAAAAGAAAGAUAAGGAUGUCGAACAAAAUUUAAAGACUAACAACAAUGAACAUAUUGAACAAAAGAAAACAACUGAUGAUAAAAAAUCACGACAAAAUAAUUCCAUCAAUAGCAAAAAUAAUGCUCAGAAACAAUCAAGUGAGAGAGAACGUUCAUUUGAUCGAACUUUAACAAUUCGAAACAUUUCUUCGUCCAUUUUUGAAUGCAUUCGUGUUUCAAAUAUACGUGAUUUCGAUAUUUCAGUAUCGAAUGUAUUGGCUACACUAAACAAUCCCAGCUCAAGCAAUUCAGAAGACGAUCUUAAAACGGGUCGAUCUGGUGAAUGUUUCGUCUUUCGAUAUCUUCAAUGGAAAUAUCCCGAUGAACAAAUCGAAUGGAUGAAUCAACAUCAAGAAUCUGGUCGGCCAUAUGAUAUUCGACUUGUACACAAAGAGAAUAAUAAGGAAACAGAAUUAAUCGAAGUCAAAACUACUCGAUCGUGCAAUAAAAAUACUUUUCAAGUGUCCAUUAGUGAAAUUGAAUGUUUACUAGAAAAUCCAAACAACUAUUCAAUCUAUCGUGUUUACUAUAACGAUGAUGAAAAAUCAUCAACAAUUACAAUUCUAAAUCAAGUUAAAGUUCAUUUACAAAAGAAAGAUCUUGUACUUUCAAUGUCUAUUAUGGCAAAAUCAAGCGAAACAUGA